AUGCAUAGUAAACGGAGGAAAUCUAGUGUAAUUUCAGAAACUGUUGCUUCCAUCAAUUUUAGAUAUUUGCCCAACGGUCACCAGUACAUAUUUGAACUAGAGCAUCUCGACUAUACGCUUGAAUGGCUACGUGAUGAAGCACUGAAGAAAAGAGAAAUGGAGUUGGUUAACAGGCCGCCUGGUUUAAUAACAGAUGCUCACUAUUAUUAUUUGCUGAAAAUCGAUUCAUAUACUUACUUUGUGGUAGAUAUGGAAUACGACUUGGAGGAUGUCAACGUAUUCAACAAACCAUUGAACUUGUUCCAGUCAAUUGCAAAUAGCGGUUGUUCUGAGUUUGUUCUUGUAAGGAAAUUCAAAGGUCUUGUAAUGAGUCUCUGCUGGUUAGGUUCUCGUGGUGAGUUCCAUCCUCGAGGGACGAUGUUUCGGCAGAAAAGCACUGCUUUGUUAACUCCUAUCUCUCGCACGUCUAAUAAUCUGUCAUUAUUUGAUUUGAGCAAUGGUCAGGUGACUUCUAGUGAAGCGACUUGUAUGUCAUUUGACAAGCCUUCACAACUGUUGCUUAGCGAAGAAGACGAGGCUCUUGUCUCUUUUCAGCAAUCAUCGGUGUUAGCUCUCACUUGGUUGCCAGUGCUUGGAAAAAAAACCGAUCCGUUGGUCAAUGAAAUCAGUUUGCGCCUCAUAGCUCAGGCGUACGAAAACCGAACAUGGAAAGUUGUACUGGUGGAGUUCGAAACCACCGAGAAGGCAUUACAGGCUAAGGAACAUAUGGUCGACAUAAUACAUGUUCUCAACUCUCCUGCUUAUCAAGCCUAUCAACACUCGAAUGAUGGCUCCAGAAGCCCAUCAGAAGCUGCAGAAGCCGUCAUGAUGGAAAUGGCCGACGGACUUCUUCCUUUUUCUUCUCGUCAUCUUCAUAAAGGGUCGGCAAUAAAGAGACUUACUAGGAUUAGACGAGCGUUGACGACUAGAAAAUUGACGUUAUGA